GAUACUGAAGCAAUUAGAAAAAUACACUGUUUCCAAGACGUUUUUACAAUUUUUCAUUAAAUAGUGGAAGGUAAAUAAGUAAAAAAUUAAAGGAGUGAAGAUAAUAGUGAGAUAUAUCAAGAGCUGCUAUGAACCAUGGAUACAGAAACAGGAGAGAUGAUAGUCAAAAGGGUGAGUGUUCCUUUAGGGUUGGAAGAAUUAAUGGAGGGAUUGGUAAAGGAAGUUCUGUUGAAGAAACCUGAUGAUAUUUAUCUUUUUGCUGCAAGAUAUUUUGCCCACUUACUCAGUAUCCGAGAUAAAAGUCAGAUACCUCACUGCAAAACAAGAACACUAAGGAGUGUACAAACUUUAAUAGAUAAACCUGAGAAGUUUUCAUCGAUCAAGGCCUCUAGACUGUCUAAGCAAUUUAGUGUUAGAGAUGAUGCCUCAGAUACUCCAAUUAUUACCCAAAAACCCAAAAUGUACUCUAGAAACGAGCUUAAAUAUAAACGAAGACAUACAGGACCUCCAGCCAUUUUAGAAAUUGCUCAAAAAGAUGACAUACGAAAGAAGUAUGCCAGAAGUGUUUCAACUGAAAAGUAUAAGCCUAUACUGGAAUCGAAGAAUAGAAAUAGUAAAGAGAAAUCGAAUGAUUCUAUCCAAAAAAUUAGUAAUAGUUAUAAAACAUCAUAUACUGGUAGUAAACAAUCAGUACCCACCAAAAAAAGGGAUAAGGAUAUUGUGGACACAGCCAUGAAAAAUUCUAAAACGUUAUACAAAGGAGGUAUAAAAAUCGAUCAAGAAAAGAUACCAACUAAUCUAAAGGCAGAACGUAACGAAGAGAAACUGAAAGAAUCUAGCAGUAGUACUGGUGCUGAUGUAAAAUCGCUUCCUCCAGAUGAUGGAACAAGUAGAGAAAGUAAUGAGCUACUGAUUGGGCAAAAUCAUGAUUUCACUAAAACCGAUAAUCAAACUCCAACUUUAUCUAAAGACGAUAGAGAAGUUUCUAAAAUAGAUAAUGGGAAAACUGAGAAACCAAACGUUGAAGAUCAACAGCACAAAAAUCCCCAACAAAGUGAGUUGAAAUCUAUCAAAACGUUAACUGAUGAUGAAAUUAGUAGAAUAUUGUUAACUAGUAUAUCUAAUGAUGGUACAAAUGCUCACGAGAAUAAAGAUAAGAAAGAUUCAUCUACAAAUGAAAUGAAAAUAUCGGAAUUAAAAAAUGAUAAUGCGGGCGAAACUACGUCGAUAGUAUUUGACACCAGUACUAAGGAAACACAGAAUAUUAACAAAAAUAUCUCUCUGGAAACAACUGAUAAAAUUCAACAACAAAAACCUACGGUAGAUGUUAUUAGUGACGAUAGUUUGGAAUUGAAUGAAGACUUGGAAGAUGAUGUAUUAGAUAAAGAAAUUAAAGAGUUCACAAACAAAGAAAAAUUGGAUGAAACUCAAGCAAACCCUCCAGAGACGGGCAAAGUUUCAAUAGAAAUAUUCGAGGAGAAAAGGAAGGAAAACAAUGCCGCAGAAAUGACAAAAAAUAAAUCAGUAGAUGGAUUGAUACAUGCAGAACUUAAUACCUUUGAAAUAGAAAACGAACACAUAGAGCAAAAUGACAAUGAAUAUGAUAAAAAAAUGUCAAGAAGUAAUGACAGAGAUUACAAUAGUGGCAAUGAAAUCACCACAGAAAGUCUGAAAAGAGUUGAUACAACUGAAAGUAAUUAUACUAAUAAGGAUAAAGAUGUAAUUAUAGAAAAAGUAGAUACAAAGAAUAUCGGCAUUACAGAAAGCGAUUCUAAGAAAGAGAAUGGACAAAAAUUAAACAAUAAUCUUUCAAUAGUUGGUGGUGGUAAAUCAGAGGCAGAAAUUACAGAUAACGUUAAUAAUACUGGCAUUAAAGAUGAAGAAUAUAAAUCUGAAUCUGCAACUUUAAGAAAGAUAGAAUCAUCAGGAGAAACAAUUUUUAAAAAUUUUGAUGAAGAAGUAGCUAAUGCAAAAAUAAUGUCUGAAAAUACUGGCGAAUACAAAAAUGGAUCGACACAGCUAAAUGAUUCUAUUGAUAAGAAACUAGAUAGUAAUAUUCUAUCUGAGGGAAGUGAUGGUAUGAGAACAGGAGUAGAAAUUACUAGUAUAGAAACUGAUAACAGCACUAAUUUUAAUCAACUUUCAGAACAUGAAAAUGAAACGGAAAGUGGAGCGAAGAAUGAACAAUUAGUUUCUAUACUAACCACAGGGGAUAGUACAAAAUCAGAGAAUAAUGGAAAUAGAAUUCUGGAAACUAGUUCACACAAUAAAGGAGACAACGAGAUAGCGGAUGAAAACAUGAGAAAUUCUUAUGACUUGAACCAUACCAUAAGUAAAAAUAAUAAUGUAGAAUUAUCUGGAGCAAGCAAUGAAAAUAAUAAACCUGAGAAUAUUUCAGAAGAUAUGGAUUAUUCAUCAAAAAAUGGAACUUAUACAAUUAAUGUUCUUAAAACAACACAUUCCGAUGAUGCUCAAAACACAUUAAGUGAUUGUAACGGUGUAUUUACUGAUGAACAUUCAUCUAGUGGAAACACUUCUGCCCGCGAAGAGGAUCUUGGAAUCCAUGGAGAAAUGAACGAAGAACUCAAAACAACUAAAACAACAGAAAAUGGAGAAAAUGUCGCUGCUGAAAUAAAAGAGAUCGUCAAAGGAGAUACAAUAUUCCCCGAAGUGAAUUCCAAGAAUAUUGAAACUACGGAAGAUAACAUAAAAACUCCGAUGAAUGUUAUUAAUACGGAAACUGAAAAACAUAAAACACAAGAUGUUAAAAACGGAAUCGAACAAGAAACCCCGAAUUCAAAUAUCAAUUACUCAGAAGAAUACAAAAAUAGAAAGACUGAAAAUAUUAUAGUUCGGGCUAUGGAGAACAGUGAAAAAAUAAUUGAUUCUGAAGCUGAAAAAACAGGAAAGAUUGAAGAUGCUUUCCAUGAAAAAAACAUAAGUAAUGAUUUUGCGAGAGAAUACUCUUCUAAUGAAGGUCACGAAACGACAAAUGAUAAUGAUAAACAUAAGAAGGUUCAAGAUAUGGAAUCAGCAAGUAAAUUGAUACAACAAACCAAUGUACUUGAAACAGAUGAUAGUUCUUCGGAUCUAAAAUCUCUGAAAAGUAACUCCGAGGAUGUGCACAUACUUAGUGUUGGAAAUGAUAAUACAAAGACAGAUUCGCCACUUGGUACAAAUUUGGAAGAAACUGAUAUGGUAGAUCGGGUAGCUAAGAAUUAUGUCAAUUAUAUUAUCGAUAACGAUAGAAUAAUGCAACUUCAUACUAAUAGCUCUGGUGAAGACGUUGAUAACCAUAUUUCCACAACUAAUGAAUCGCAAGGUGACAAUGGUGGUAAAAGCGAUAUAACGUCAGAAGAUAAAAAUGGAGUACUAACGAAAACCAGUGCCAAGGAUUCAAGUUGCAAUGAGAAUGAUAAUAAAACUCAAAAUAAAUCAUUAGUUGGCGAUAAUAAUAACCAAAUGGACUCAAAUUUCAUAGAAGUACAGAACGAACAACAUGCAGAUAGUGACAAACGUGAAACUGACGAAAUUAUUACUAAAAGUGAAGUUUGUGGUCUAACCACAUCUACCGCAAUGAAUCAUCAUAUCAAAUAUAAUGAUGAUUUUCAAAAUAAACAGUAUGAUAAAUCUGAUCAGAAUAAAGAAUUGAUAAAAUUGAAUCAGAAUGCUGGGAAAAAUCAAAUUCAAUCUGAGCUUGAUGAUAGGGAGAUUAACAAUAAUGAAACUAGACAAGGUACAAGUUUUAAUCCAAGCACUGCGUCAACGGAAGAUGAUAAUGAAAAAAUUAUAGAGAAAGAUGCGGAUGAUUCCGAACACACAAAGAAACAAUUCCCUAAUAAAGAUUUGAUUGAAGCAACUCUUUCUAUUUCAGAAAACGGAUUGAUUGUCAAUAAGGUCAAACAUUUUCUCAUUGAUUUCAUAAAAUCAGAGCAGCAGCAUGUCUAUAAGAUUAAACCUACGGAUGACCCAGAGAUUAAGAGACGUAGUGAAGAACUAAUUGAAAAUAGAAGCGUGCCAGGCGAAAUAUCAAGUUCUAAGCUUCGCGAAGAAUUGAAGAAGGUUGAAGAAGAAUCUCAAUUCACUAAUUUCAAUUCUACUUUUAAUCCAAUUCUACUACACAAAGAAAUAGAAGAAGUUUAUAAGAACAAAGUAUCUAACGGGAAAAUUUCCAUUGGUCAAGUUGAUGAUCAAUUGGACAAAUAUGACUUAGAACCAGAUAAAUUGGAAAAAACCGUUAACUCUGUUCUAAAAAUCCAAUCUAUGUGGAGAGCAUUCAUGGUUAGAAAAGCCCUUAAGAAGGUGAGUCUUGAACCAGGUAAUAUUAUAAAAACGCCAGUGAAUGGCACCGGGAACGUAAAUAUCAAUAAAACAGAGAAUAUAAGAAAUAGUAAUGUCAUUGAAGAAAAUAAGUAUGCGUAUUCCAGUUUUACGAACUUUGAGAAACUAGUUGAAGCUGUCUUGAGAAUUCAAGCCACUUGGAGAGGAUUUAUUGUUAGAAAAAAUAUCAAACACAUUGACAGACGGAAGAUUGGCGUAACAGAUAGCGCAAUAAAGAAUGAUAAUGAACUAAAACAGAGAGCAAAAGAUAGUAAAUGUAAUGAAACUAUUCCAUAUAAUACUACAAAUAUGAGUAAGCAAUUAGCAGAUUCCGAUUUAGACAAUACAGAGCUGAAGAAAAUUGCGGUCGCUGUGGUGAGGAUUCAAGCAAUGUGGAAAGGUUACAAGGUACGAAAUCAUAAGAAAAAAAAUUCUUACAACAUAGAUUUGAAAAAGGAAACCAGAAUUGACGCAAAUACCAAUAUUUCAUUAGAAACACAUGUAGUGGUUGAGGGUGAAUCUAAGGAUAAUAAGGAUGCGGCAACGUCUGAAAAUUCUUGGAGUAAAAAAAGAGAAGUUCGGAAGAAUCCAGAUAUUUUGUCGGAAGUAUAUGCUGCAAUAAUUAUUCAAAAACUUUGGAGGGGUUUUAGAAUUAGAAAAACUUUAUUAAAUAGAAAUAAUGACAAAUCUAGCUCUCCUACAGAAGAAAGCGCCAGGAAGAAGGCACCAAUAGAAAGUCCGCCAGAAAACAUCGCCCAUAUGCAAGGAAAACUAGAGAGUAUACAAGAAACGAAAUUUGAGGAUAAAGAAGAUAUUAUUAAAGUUGAUAAAAAAUCGGAGAAUCAAAAGAUCAAUUUGUAUAACAAAGGACGAGAUACGUACUUCAGUAAAGAUUCAACUGACUCUCAAAGCACGGUGAUACACAACGAAAGUCAGGAUAGUUCUAAAAUCUCAUUGCCACGUUUUCGUUCAGAAAGUAUAGAUCCUUUAUUAAAUGAAAUUUCCAACUACCCUAUAACAAAAGAAGAAAAUCUUCUUGAUGAUUACCAAAAUAAGUUGUUAAAUAAGAUUUCUGGUAAAGAAGAAGAAAAUUAUGAUGAUUUGAAAAGCUUGGAGAAAAUAAUAACCCCCAGAGCUACGGACGAUCUUAAUUUAGAAUCUUUUAAAACUAGUGAUUCAGCAUUUGGUUCUGUUUUACCUAAAGUCGAUAAAAUCGAAUCAAGAGAUAAAAAAUUAACAAGAUCAUUGGGAUCAAAGCUAGAGAUAUUAGAAGAAGAAGAAGGAUCCAAUGUAGAAGAAGAUAAAAAUGAAAUGGAUCAUAUUUCUGAAAAGACUAGAGCAAAUGAUAAAAUGCAGAAUACACAAAAUAGUGAAAAAAUUAAAAUUGAAAAUAUAGAUACGUUGAAUGAAUCUAAAAAUGACAAAACGAAUUUUAUUGACGAUAAUAAAAGUUCGAGUUUGGAUGAGAUAAAAAACAAUACGCUUAAUGAUAAUGGUCAUGUAGAUAAUAAAAAAGGAGAAGAUAAGCUUAAAAAUACAUUAGAAGUUGACAUAAAAUUAAAAAACAAGAGCGAAAGUAAUUUACCCAAUGUAGGAGUCGAGUACGAAACAAAAGAUUAUCCAGAAGUAAAAAUCGAAACAGGAAGCAAUGAAAUAGAUAAAAAUGGAUUGAAAAACAAUUGUGUAGAUCAAAAAGAAGUAGGUAGUUAUAGUGAACUGAGAAAAGAAAUAGACCAUAACUUGGAUCCAAGAUCAGAAUCAAAUAUCAAUGCAGGAUCCAAAGAUUCCGAAGAAAUGGUAGACAGUAAUAAUGAAUUCAAUAAUACAAUUGUCAGUAAUGGCUGUGAUACCAAGCUAUUAGAAUAUGAACAUGAGGUAAGAGAAAUUGAAGGAAAUGAGUUUGUGACAAAGGAAAAUAUGAGUAUAGAUAGUUUACCCAAUAAAGAAGUAGAGCAUAAAUUAAAAGAGAUUUCGAAGAUAAAAAUAGAAAACAAACAAACAGAUGCUGCAAUUAAUAGUGGCUUAAAUGAGAAUCAUUUUGAGAGUAAUGAAUUGAGAAAUAAUUGUGAGGUUAAGAAAGAUAUAGAUGAUUAUAGUAAACUGAAAAAAGAAAUGAGCAUUCCAUCAGAAUCUAGUUCUGAAACCAAUGUCAAAGGUAAAACGAACGAUUCGGAACAAAAGGUAGACAAUAAUAUUAAAAUUAAUAAUAAAAUUGGAAGUAAUGACAGUGGAAGCAAACUAUUAGAAUAUGAACAUGGAACGAGGGAAACUGAAGAAAAUCAAUUUUCUCCGAAUAAUUUUCUAACACACAUCACUUCUACCAACGGAAGUACAAAUAAAAGACACCCGGACAUCGAAAACGUUGGCAAUAAUAAUGGGAAAACAACUAAUUGCGCUCCCAGCUCCUCUAAUAAUUUCCAAAAGGUUGAGAAGGUUCCUAUUGAUCAAAAUAAAAUUUCUAUUUCUAUUCCUAUUGAAAAAAAGCUAGAGCAAGAUAAAGGAAUGAAUGGAAGUUUAUACAAGGACAUUGGGAGCGAACGAAAGUUAUUAGAAUUAAAAUCAGACCCCAAGAUAGAAGCUGAGAAGCACAUGAAUAGUCUAGAAUUACACAAUUCUAUGGGAGUAAAAAAUGAAAUAGAUAACGCUGAAAAUACUUCUGUAAGUAGCUCUAAUUUAGAGAACAAUGGAAAGAUGGAAAUUGGAGGAAAUAGUACCGUGUCAAAUAUAAAAUUGGAAGAAAAAAAACAUAGCAGUGACAAUGUUGUAGAUGCUAUUAAAUCGUAUGUAGCUGCGGAAAACAGUAUCGAUGGAAAAAUAACACCGUUUCCUGUAUUUCAAAAUGACCAACAAGAUUCAUCUUCUCUACAUACAGAAAAAGGUAGGGAUCUAUAUACAUUCUGUUCAAUACCCACACCUUUUUCUACAAAUGAUAAAGUCGGUGAAUAUUCUCCACCAAUUGAUGUAGAACAUCCGUUAUCUUCUAGUAAUAAAUAUAAGGCAAAUGAAAAUGAAAUGAAACAAAGUGAAGUUCUUAAAAAUGGGACGUUAGUUAUACCACUUCCUAUUGAAGUGCAAAAAACAUUGAAAGAACAGAAAAAAGAAAAUUCAAUAGCUGGAGAAGUAAAAAAAUCCGCUUCUUUAGAAGGACUUUCUUCGUUAUUAUCAAAUACUAGCAUGCAUUCAGGAAAACACGAUACUGUUAUGGUCCCAGUCGAUCAACAUGAAAGUAUUGAUAUUGGCAGAAGUCAACCUAUAUCUGUUAAAUUAUGCCAGACUUCAGAUGCUGAAAACAUGACGUCGCAACGUCCACCUUCAACGCGUAACGUCACCGACGUCUCUACGGAUGCCGCCGUCGAACAGAAGAAUGCGCAGAAGCUGGGAAAAGGCGACUUACAACAACCGAAGGCGGAAAACGGUUACAGCGCCGACAACAGUAUUUCGCAGCGAGAGACUAUGGAAAGUGAAAAACGUAGGAAAAUUGACAGAGGAAGAAACAUGGAAGCCGAAGCAGCUACGAAAAUUCAAGCAGGAUUUCGAGGAUACCAGGUUCGAAAGCAACUGAAACUCAAAAAUGGUUCUUCUGACAUGAACACAAGAAAGUCGUCCAUGAAAUCGAAAUCAUCCGGAUCAGAUACAUCAAAAAGUCAAUCAUCGGAUCUAGAACAGCAAUCAGCCGUUAAGAUUCAAGCUGGCGUUAGAGGAUUUCUAGUAAGAAGAAGACAAAAGAAGCAAAGCAAUCAAGCAUGAACGCAAGAGUUCUCAUAUAUUAAUUAAAUAUAUUAUUUAUGUUAAAGUAUUAUCUGGUCGUUUUUCAUAAACAUAAUAUUUUCUAAAUGCAUUGAUAAAUAAGUAGAACACAUAUUUAUAUAUACAUGAAAUUGGGAAUAUUCGGAAUUUCCAACUCUUUUUUAUAACUACACAUUUUUUCUUACAAACGGGGUCAUAACCUCAUUUACUCAAGAUAGAUAAUGCCAUGUUUGAGAAAAAUGACCCAAAGGGUCUUCACUGAUGAAAAGAGGUACACAAUAAUAAUAUAUAAUUGUUAAUUAUUGUUAUUAAAAAUAGUUUCACCUAUCAACACAAGGACUUAUUCACCAUUUAGACCGUGAUAUUUUAGAUUUUAGUUUCAAAUGUUGUAAUGGAAUACAUAACACGCUAAAUGUACAAGUUUUUGUAGUAAAAGUAUUUUCUAUUCAA